UCCUUAUACACAGAGCUAAAUACCUGGAAAAUAUAAAUAGGAUUUUGUAAAUUUGGCUGGGUACAAUUCCUCGUUCCGUUGCCCAUGCGUGUGAAUGGAAAUCCUUUAAGUGGGCCGUUGCCAGCACUAAAUUCCAUGACCGGAGGCAAAUUCCCUCAAUGCGAGGACUUGCCAGAGAGUUCCAUCCAGUGGGUACGUAAGGACUUGGAGGAAAAGGAUAUGUAUUCGCCUCGCUAUAUUGUUUAGGACUGGUUAAAACAAAAUUUGCUUGAAUACGUUGAGGGACACUAGAUUGAAAGGGAGUAAAAACAGUGCAAUCUGCGCAUUAUUAGGAAGGGAUGUCAAGUCCGUGUACAUUUAAGUAGAUGAUACAUGUCAAGCCCAAACAGCCCUAAAUUUUUCGUCUCGCCAAUUGAGCACAAAGGUGACUCAUGCGAAAUACUUAAAAUGGUGGUAAAUAAGAAAUGGGAGUGCUCGGAAUGUUCGAAGACGUUUAAUAACAUAUACAAUUUUAAGAGACAUCUCGUCAUUCACGAUAAAAAUGGACAAGUUAAAUGCGAGAUUUGUGGAAAAAUUUUGAAAAAUCUAACCAGUCUCCCCACCCACAAGCGGAAUUUCCACGAGACCCAAAAAAGAUUACCUUGCAACAUUUGUGGACGAGGGUUUAGCUCCCCUGGGUGUUUACGACGUCAUGCAAAAUCUGUGCAUGCUACGACGAAACGAAAACGGAUAUCCUGUACUUUCUCAGGGUGUGACAAAACGUUUUCCACUGCUGGUAAUCUUAGGCAACAUUUUUAUACCGAGCAUGCCGAAAAUCCCAUCCGAUACCUAUGCACCCUCUGUGGGAGGGAAUUCAAAAGUAGGGGCAACUUGGGCCAGCACGUGAGGGCACAUACGACAGAGAAACCUCACAAAUGUCCAACAUGUGGGAGGGGUUUUGCUCAAAUGACUUAUCUCAGAUUUCAUCAGGCAACCCACGAAGAAAAUUUGGUACGGAAAACGUUUUCCUGUCCAUUAUGUCCCCGAACAUUCCUACGUAAGGGCAGCGUGCAGACACACAUCAAGUAUUUCCAUGCCAAGUCGAAGAACUACUCGUGUCACUUAUGCUCCCUCAAGGCAAAUUACAAGAGCAGCUUAUCAACACAUAUGAAAUGGAAGCAUGAUUCUAAAAUUUCGAGACGAUUUGAGUGUUAUUUUUGCGGGAAAAAAUUUAUAACUUUUACUUGCUUGGCGAAACAUUUUAGGAGAUUGCAUACCUUGGAGAAGUGUAUGAAACGUAUUCCAAAAAAUUAAAUAGAUCUGAAAGCCCUAAUCCACCGAGAAAAAAAUUUUUUUUUAGAUAUGACCACGCCCCCCAGAAAUUUGUUCUACAAAGUCAGAAAAUUAUUAAGAAAGGUUCUAAUUUUAAAAAAUCGACCAUAGAUAUGUUGUCUUUAUUGGGUGUGUAUUGGAACUAUUUAAGUAAAGAAAUGCAAAUUUCAAACGGUGUGAAUUUGAUAGAGAAGGAUUAGAUAAGGUAAUCUCGAGCUAUGUAACAAUAUAAAAUCUUUGACACA